GACAUUAUAUGUACAUUAAUAUUGUACUUAGUAUUGAUCAUGAUGAAAAUCCUUCAAACUCUCACUAUAUACUCCUUUUUCUUCCUUUCCUUCCCGUCUCUGUCCCAUCAACAAUACACUACUUCACCUUUAUUCGAAAACCCGAGGCUUAAAAAUGCGUACAUAGCCCUCCAAGCAUGGAAAAAAGCCAUGACAGACGAUCCAUACAACUUUACGGGUAAUUGGGUCGGGUAUGAUGUUUGUAGUUAUAAGGGUGUUUAUUGUGCUCCAUCUAUAGAUGAUGCGUACGUUAAAACGGUUGCGGGUAUUGACCUUAACCAUGCUAAUAUCGCUGGUUCUCUUGUUAAAGAACUCGGUCUUCUAACUGAUCUAUCUCUUUUCCACCUUAAUUCAAAUCGUUUUUGUGGGUGUAUUCCUUACACUAUCAAAAAUUGGCGAUUAUUAUAUGAAGUUGAUAUCAGUAACAAUAAUUUCUACGGUGAUUUUCCCGAAGUUCUUCUUUUUCUUCCUCAUCUAAAAUUUAUUGAUAUUCGAUACAAUCAAUUCAAUGGCCCAAUUCCUUCAAAAUUAUUUGACCUAAACCUUGAUGCAAUUUUCAUUAAUAACAAUAACUUCACCUCCACGUUUCCUCAAAACCUAGGUAACUCACCUGUUUCAGUCAUUGUACUAGCAAAUAAUAAUCUACAAGGUUGUAUCCCUUCCUCAAUUUCGAAAAUGUCCAAAACCCUAAACGAGAUUAUUCUAGAAGGUUCUGGAUUAAAGGGUUGUUUACCUUCUGAAAUCGGUGAGUUGACUCAACUCAAUGUUCUAGAUGUUAGCUAUAAUGAACUAUCAGGUUCUUUACCAGCUUCCAUUGGUAAUAUGAAGAAUUUGGAGCAGUUAAACGUUGCGUUUAACAUGUUUUCUGGGAAAAUUCCUGAGAGUAUUUGCAAUUUACCUAAAUUGGAAAAUUUUACUUACUCUUACAAUUUCUUUACUGAAGCACCAUACAAGUGUUUAAAGCUGAAGAGUAAAGAUGAUAGAUUUAAUUGUCUUCCUGAUAUACCAAACCAAAGAUCUCCUUCUGAUUGUAAUGUUUUCAAUGCUUAUCCUAUCAGUUGUGGGACCGCGUGCUACGUUUACUAAGAUGGUACUUCCACAAGUAGACGGUACUUUUACCGUUUUGUAAUAUUGUUAGGUUUGUUAUUAUUUUACACGAUAAUUAAUAAAAAUUAAGUAU